UUACACUGCUGCUUUGGUCAGACUACAUCGGGCGAGGUUUUGUUGUGUAAACCGAGCAGGAAAGGAUCUUGUGGGGGAAUGUCCGUCCGCCCUCCCGCCGGACCGCCUCUGAACUGCUGCUUCGCUCAUGGAUGGCAGCUAAGCCUCCGGAUAACGUUGAGCUUUUGUGUGAAAGUUUGGAGUUUUUGUGACUUAAGGACUCAAGUGACAAUGGCAUCUCCAACAGCGACUGGAAAGUGUAGAUGAGAGCGCCGACCAAGACAUGAUGGUUAUUGGAUCUAGCAGCUGACGUUGUGGAAUGAGAGAUGAUGGAGCAAACAGAAAAUUCUGUCCCCGAGAGUAACGACCCUAAUGGGUUUGUCAACCGAGUGUUUAAUGUUUCUCUGGAUGUAGAGAAUGAGACCAGCAGUGUUUGUAUUGAGAGAGAGACAGUGUCAGGGCCUCUGGAAUUGCAGGGUGAUGGCCAGGCUUCAUCGUUUCAGACCCCUGUCAAGGACAAGCAGGAGGUCAACCGAAGGCAGCGUGCCACCGGGGGCAUCUGGAAGAUCUUAAACCGGAAAAGAGCCGUCUCAGAACUGGAACGAAGGCCACACUCCAUGAUCCUCCUCGGGGAAGCGUCCAUCCCUAAACUCUCAUUUGCUGAUAAGGUUCGCUCCUUUAAAAAACUUAAAUCCCCGUCUGUGUUCAGAGGGAAGGCUGGAAAAUUGUCUAGUACCAAGCUUAGCAGCUCAUUGGUUGAUGAGGGCUCUUUCUGCAGAGACAUUGGCACUCCACAGCAAUCCAGCAGGGGCACACUUAAACAUCGUGGCAAAAGACAUUCAUAUGCUGGCUACACAGCAGACUUUGACUGUUCAUUCGAAGACAUUGACCUCCCAGCUCCGGUGGACGACAAUCAACCCACUGCGGUGCCAGAAAUUUCUCUUCAGAAUGGCUGUAAAACAUCAGAAAAGGUUUCAUACUCAAAAAAACCAAACAGCAAUCCAACGAACUGUAACAAAACUAUAGUUUGUGAGGAAUCUUGUGCUAAAGCCAGCAAAAGUACCACACAGGGCGCAGGACGGCGACACAAAGACGUUUGGAGUUACCUAAGGAGGAUCUCUCUUUUAGGAAAGGCCAAUCCUGUCUAUUCAGAGAGAAGUUUUGAUUCUGAGCUUCACUCUCUUGACAAGACUAUUGACUCUGAUUAUGGUUCUGUAGACCUUGAGAAUGUCAAAGACUCCCAAACACCUCCUCAAAAAACUUCAGACAUGAAAGGCCAUUUUGGUGGACUGUUUAAAUUUUUUAAUAAUGUAGCAGAAACAGCCAGAAAAUGGCGGACAACAUCCCGGUCCUUCUCCCCUCCCGAGGAAGAGAAGACCCCAAUUAGCUCGCCUCAGGCUACUCAGCACACAGUACGCAAAGUUCACAGCAUGUCUCUAACACUCCACAGUGGAGUACUUCCAGAAAGUCAGAAUUCACCAUCCUCAUCACUGACCACUAAAUCCUCAAAAUCCAGUAGCUAUGACCGUGAGGCCUCCGCACCUGUGACAUGUGGGGCAUUCCCUGAAGCUUUUCGGCCAUCAUCGUGCUCAGUGUCUGGAAGUCCCAAUGGCUUUCUAAGUUCAGCGUGUACAGGUAAACAUAUAUACACAUCAACAAACGCAUCCGCCGUUGUAGAGAAUCAUAUUCCUCACUCGGUUACAAACACUGAGACUGGUGAUGAGCAUAAAAUGGAUCCUUUAAAACACCUGCACCUUGGAGAAAUGGUAAAGGAAGACACAGGAAAUGAGGAAGAUUCCAAGGAUGCUCCACCUGACUCAGAGCAGAUACAGGAAGUGAAUAUUCAAUUACAAAAAAAUUUUAAACCGAGCAUGACCCAUAGCAUACCAUCGUCAUCUGAUUCCACAGAAGAGAUAUUUAAGGCCUUGUCUCGCCCUGCGGGGGUGUCGCCAUUAGAGCCGCCCCUAAGGGCUUCUCUGCAGCGUUGCCGCUCCCUACCUCUGCCCCCCAGCACUUUAACUGCCCUGGCUCUUCUCCUGCCCCAUUCAGAUGCAGGUAAAUCAUCAUCAUCAGUACGUCUGCGGCCUGGAGGCAGUAGCUGCCGGAGAAAGAGACUGCUACGACCCGGGUCAGAACCAUUGCAGGUCAACAUUUUGAUAAGUGGAGGGUCAAUCGUCAACGCUGAGGCAGUAUGGGACCAUGUGACCAUGGCGGACCGGGAAUUGGCGUUUAAAGCCGGUGACGUCAUAAAGGUGCUGGAUGCCUCCAACAAGGACUGGUGGUGGGGCCAGAUUGAUGAGGAGGAGGGAUGGUUCCCUGCCAGCUUUGUGCGGGUGGAACCCCACCCUCCUCAGCCCCAAACAAAACAGGUUUUCUAUAUCAACCCCAUAGCAACUCCACGGUUCCAAAACACUACGUCAAAGUUAUGGGUCAAUCAAGAAGAUGGAGGAGGGGAACCAGCUGAAGGGACCAGCGAUGUUCAAAAUGGGCACCUGGACCCAGCCAAUGACUGUUUGUGUCUAGGCUCGCCUCUCCAGAACCGUGACCAGAUGAGAGCUAACGUCAUCAAUGAGAUCAUGAGCACAGAGAGACAUUACAUCAAGCACCUCAAGGACAUCUGUGAGGGUUAUCUGCGCCAGUGCAGGAAGCGUGUGGACAUGUUCAAUGAUGACCAACUGAAGGUCAUCUUUGGGAACAUUGAGGACAUCUAUCGCUUCCAAAUGGGAUUUGUCAGGGACUUGGAAAAACAGUACAACACAGAGGAGCCUCACCUUUCUGAAAUUGGACCAUGUUUUUUGGAACAUCAAGAUGGUUUCUGGAUCUAUUCAGAGUACUGUAAUAACCACUUGGACGCCUGCAUGGAGCUGAGCAAGUUGAUGAGGGAUGGCAGGUACCAGCACUUCUUUGAGGCCUGUCGACUCCUCCAGCAAAUGAUUGACAUUGCCAUAGACGGCUUCUUGCUCACACCUGUCCAGAAGAUCUGCAAAUAUCCCCUCCAGUUGGCAGAGCUUCUCAAAUACACUGCACAAGAGCACAGCGACUAUCGAUACGUGGCAGCAGCCCUGGCAGUAAUGCGAAACGUCACCCAGCAGAUCAAUGAGAGGAAGAGGAGGCUAGAAAACAUUGACAAAAUUGCCCAGUGGCAAGCAUCUGUUUUGGACUGGGAGGGGGAUGAUAUCUUGGACAGAAGCUCAGAGCUCAUCUACACUGGGGAGCUGUCUUGGAUCUAUCAGCCAUAUGGGCGCAGCCAGCAGCGAAUCUUCUUCCUCUUUGAUCACCAGCUGGUUCUCUGUAAGAAGGAUCUGAUACGACGAGACAUUCUGUACUAUAAGGGUCGCAUCGACAUGGAUCGCUACGAGGUGCGGGACGCCAUUGAUGGGAGGGAUGAUGACUUCAAUGUAAGUGUGAAGAACGCCUUCAAAUUGUGCAACAAAGACAGCGACGAGAUCCACAUCUUCCUGGCCAAGAAGCCGGAGGAGAAGAUUCGCUGGCUCAGGGCUUUCCAUGAAGAGAGGAAAAUGGUGCAGGAGGAUGAGAAAAUAGGUUUUGAGAUCUCAGAGUACCAGAAGCGACAGGCAGCCAUGACAGUGAGAAAAGUGACCAAACAGAAAGGUGUAAACAGGUGCACGCCCCCCUCGUAUCCGCCCCCCCAGGAACCCCUCAGUGCGGGGCAGUAUGAGGUAACAGAGGACAUGGCACAAGGAGAGGUUUUUGAAUUCAGUCAAUCCAAAAGAGGCCAGGCUCCUUUCUGGCAGAAUUUUAGUAGAUUAGCUCCAUUUAAGAAAUAGAGACUCUUCUGAAGGACCAGCUAAUUUUUUCUUAGAAGCACUAAACACUGGAUGAUCUUGUCCCACAAUGAAGAAAAUACAAAAACACACUGACUUGAGACUUUCAAUGUUAAGGACCAAUGUCAAUAUUGGGUGUGGUUGAAAGCAGCAAGAGGACUGAGGACUUUCACAGAAUAGAGGGAGGAGAACAAAACCUAACAAUUCAUACAUUUUGAAAACCUUCUUAGUUAUCAUGCUUCUACAGCAGAGUCAGCCGUCACUUGCGCUCUCACUCAGAUACUACAACAUUUACCUGUAUCAUCACACCAUCUGAAUGUCCUGGAAUUCUUAGAGAUUGUUGUCUUAUUCCUCUUUAAAAGACACACCAGUCAGCGCCAGGUUGUUGUUUGAUUGUGUCCAAGAGCUUUCUGUGCUGCUAUGUGAGGUUGAGUCUUACAUUCUUGUGAAUGUGUGGCCAAAUAACGACAGGUCAAUUCCACUCACCAAGGCUCGACUUGGUUGGGUGGCACCUCUUCCACCGAUAAUGGCAGACCACUUUUGCUCAACUCACGUCCGCAUUUGGAUCCCAUUUCUAUUCAUUCUUUAGUAGCCCCCUGGUCACGAUGUCGCCCUCUCACUGUCAUCCUACCUUCUUUAUCUCUUUGCCCACCUGCUCAGCCCAUAUGAGUCAGAGGAAGCAUUUCAAUCCUUUAGAAACCUGCCACAGGCCAUGAUAUGACGGCUGCAGUAACAAAUCAAUAGUGGGAAUGUCAUAGGUAUAGUGUAUUAACAUUAUUUCACCAAGCAGUUUUGACAGGGUAUUCAUAUCCCAUCACCCAUAAGGUCGAGUGCUGUGGGUUGUGGAGAGCUUGCCACUCAGAUGAACCUGCUGGGAGCAGGAGAUAGGCAGGCUACGCUGCAUCCGCCUAGUGCCAGAGCCCUUCCCUUCUCUCCCCAGAGACCACCUCUGUCGCACUGUGCUGGCAGCUCACGGACUGUUUGGAAAGAACAUGGCCCACCUAUGGAAAUUUACCAGGAGGUAGCAAUGAGGUUGAUCUCUAUUUUUUUUUUUUUUUUUUUUUUUUUUUAUGUCUGUCAACAUUGUUUUUUUCUUUUACUUGAUGUCAGGGGUGAAAGUGGGCCAGAACGGUCAGGAACGCAGUUCCGGUAUAAGAAUCAGGGCUGGAAUGCUGUUCCGGUACACUGUGCUUUGAUUCCGAAAAUAUGACGGCAACUGUCAAAACGCUAUGUAAAAAUUUUUUUUAAAAAAACCUAAGCUGCCACACAUGCAUUUCAACUCCAAGAAGAAAACAAUCUACCAACAUCAGAUUUGCAAGCAUGAUAAAGUGCUUGUGUAGCGUAAUCCGUUUCCACCAAUAUACCGUAUUGGCCCGAAUAUAAGAUGGUGUUUUUUGCAAUGAAAUAAGACCGAAAAAGUGGGGUCGUCUUAUAUUCAGGGUCUAGACAUUAUAACCAUUCACAACGCUAGAUGGCGCCAGAUAUCAUUGAAGCGAAUGCUGAACUUGACUCCCUAGCCAAAGCGAACCCCUGACACGAAGAAGAAUCUCAGCCACUCUCAAGUUUAACAAGUUUGCAUUAUUUUAUUGCAAUGUUUUUCCUAACUCAGAUUUGUUUCAACAGUUACAGUUAGACUUCACUGUGAUGGUUAAUGCAGUUAUUGCAAUUUAGUUGUUUUAUCACAAUAGAUUGGUUUAUUUACAUUUCAAAAAUCAGAAGCCAUUCAUUUACGAAUGUGAUUGCACUUUAGUUUACAUAUUUAAAUGUUCAGAUAUUAAGAUUUGAAUGAGUCAAAAUAACAUGCUUUUUCUCUCAAAUAUAUUGUUAUAAUAAUUUGUUUCGGAUGUACUGUAAUUAUUUUCUGUAUAAAAAUUAAUUUGGUGUUCAAAAAGUCUUUUUUCAAACUUGAGUCUUGAAAAAGAGGGGGGCGUCAUAUAAACAGGGCUGUCUUAUAUUCGGGCCAAUGCGGUAUUUUUUUUUAUAAUUAAAAAAAAACAAAACUUCAAUUUUAAUAUACAUCCUAUCUUCUUAAGUAGUGAUUGAGAUUUGGCAUUUAGUAUGUGAGGAAAUGAGGUAAAAUGAAAAUUAGGAGAUGGAGUUUGGGGUUAUUGCUGUUUUUGUUAAAUUUUAUUUUGUAAAUCAUUAAAAAAAAAAUCACUUUUAAAUGAAAAUCAGUUUUUGUAUGUGUGAUAGAAAUAACUUUGCUAAAACAGUUUUCUCUGCAUUUCAGUAGUUUAAGAGGUUUGACCCCCCCCCAAAACAAAACAAAACAAAACAAAAUUUCUGGCUCCAUGGUGACCUUCACGUCGGGGAGUUCCGGCAAGAAAUUCUAGCCACUUUCACCCCUGCUUGAUGUGUAUUGCGCAAGACGGCUGAGUACUUUUUUUGUGGAAAACUGAUUUACACGGAUGACUGUAUUAAAAUAAGGUAGACCCCUCACCACCUCAAGGUAAAAAAAAGUGUAGAAAAGUGCAAUAUGAGUAUGGAAGGAUGAAGGAAUUUUCUAAUUGGAAUUUAAGCAUCAUUCUUCACAGACUUCAAAUCUUGGUAUCACCACUCAACCACCUCAUGUUGUUUAUUCAAAUCUGAUCCAUGUUCUGGCACAUUGUAUUAACAUAAUCUCCGAAGGCUGUGGCCUGAUCUGAUGGAUUUGUACAACCCACAAUGAACAAGAUGCUUCUUGAGAUAUACAUGUUUGAGAGAAGGCAUGUGUUUGUCGCCACAGUUGGAAUGUAAGCAAAACAUCAGUCCAAGGUGUGUGAGCAUAUGUUGACCUUGAUUCAAAUGACCCUACAUUUCAAUUUCUGAUCAAUGUGCCAUGACAUUUACUGUAAUACUCAAGAUGAAAGCGUUACUCGGUAUAUUCUUCUAUGUAAUUUGUUUGCCUUCAAAUAGGCCUUAUGACUUCCAAGGAAAACACCUCAGAAUUUAUUUGUAUGUUGUAAAAUUUGUGUUUUAUUUAAAUUAAGAAAGUUGGGACAUGGACGAGCGGUGUCGCUCCCAGUCGGAUUGUUCUGGAAGAGAAUUCCCUUCACCACCGACAUACGGUUCCUAGACCAUGAUAACCUCAGGUCCAGUGCUGCGCCCACCACACCUCCUCGCCCCCGCAGAUGCAAACGCACACAGAGACAUACAAUCAUGCAUACUUACUGGCCCGUUGUGCUGCGGAGAAGAGAGAUGCUAUCUAACAGUGCCUUCCAGCAUUCCACUAGUGAUUAUCUAUUCAGUUUCACAGGCAGAUUUGAAUUCGUCACGUAUUUUCCCUUCAGUGUGGGACUGGCAACGGUCCCCUCCUUUCUCUCAUACGAGAUCCACUCGGGCAGAUAGCGCUUCCACAGGAGUCUUUUCUGUCUACACGGCACACUCAAAACACUUAUUUUGUUACAAAGUCACUCCUGCAUAGCUGCAAAUAUCUUGCACAAAUAUAAGUUAUUCUUAUUUCAGAUGCAUUAUAUAGAAAUGACAUAGAAUUCCUUUAUUGUCGAAAGCAGAUUUCUUUGGAAUAUAUAUUAGAAAGAAUUAGUUUUGCUUAGUCGAGUUAGAGUAUACUGUUCAAAGAAUAUUAUAAGCAAUGAGUUAUGAAUUAAAUAAGACAAAGUCAUCUAUUUUAACUUUAUCAGCUACACACUGUAUAUACUGUAAAAAGAACAGAUCAUAUAUUUGGAUAUUGGUAUUUUGCGUUGGAGACGAAUGUUGUUCCAGUUCUAGCGUAUGGUAGAGCUCAGUACCAGGUAAAUGCAUGCUUGUGGCAUCCAAUACUUUGCAUGAGACUUAAAACCACUCUUUACGGUUUGUUUAGUUUCAUUCCACUUCAGAUGGGAUUUUUCCACCGUGAAGCAUUCGGUUGUGAACCCACUGCCAUUUCGCCGGAGGGAGUUGUGGUCUCUGUCCACCUGUCUCUUGCCUGUGUCACGUUUACACUUUUGUUCUUAUUCCAUGUCAGGAAGAGUAGAGGGACUUAACUGUCUCCUCAUGCAGAGUCAGAGUGAGCUUUCAAUGGGUCAAAUGAAAGGCACUGACAUUGUGGUUGCCAAAUAUUAGAUGUUCUCUUUUUUUAAUCCAAUCUACACUGGCACAGCUCUAAUCACUGGAUAUUUAUAGAUACCAGUAACUGCUGAGCUUCAGAUUCUGCGGGAAAAAAAAAAAAAAACGGGUAUCAUUUUUCUAUGACAACCAAAUAGGAGUUAGUGCUACAUACGUAGAUAUCGUGUAUAGGUUUUGAAUCCAUCAGAAGAGUUGGAUCCAAAUGAACUCUUUGGGGUUGUGCUAAAAAUAAUCAUAAUCCUGAAAACACCCACAGAGUACUUCAUUACGAUUCAUGUCAUAUUCUUGUUACAAAACAAUGCUCUGAAGUACAAGAGUCUGAUGGUAAAGAUUUUCUCAUUUGUAUUUAUUUCAGUAGAACCCGGUAUCAAAUGUUGUAAUUUGAGGGCCAAAUUGUUCAAACAAUGUAUAUCUUGUUUUUGUCGAUCUUAUACGAGUAGCAUUCAGAACUUUUUAUUCAAGGCCCAGAGGACGGCCUUCAGUGCUGAUAAAGCUCACGAGUGUUUUUCAAUCAUGAUAUGGAAUCUCUAAGUUGACAAACAGAAUGCAUAGGCUGCUUAUAGUCACCCUUUUUAUUAAGUGUAUACAAAGCACUUGCAUGGAGCAUGGCGACACCAACACUACAGAUUCCUUCGUUACAUCUGAACAGUCAGGGUACCACAGAGUCCAAUGAGCCAUAUUUGAUGUGGUUUUCAAUGACAGCAAUGUGAGCUGAAGACUGGCAUCCCGCUUUAAGAAACACACUGUUCAUUGUAUAAUACCAUACAGUAUAGUCCAAGGUCUCGGUUUUGUCUACCACAGAAAAUCCUUUGUCUCCAUAUGCAAACAUUUGUCAUUUUUGUUCUUGCUGACAUUUUGAGUUUCAUUAUUUGAUGUAGAAAUGAAAAAUAAUGCCUAUUCAAUCCAGAAACUGUGAAUGGGAGAAUGGAGAUGUCAACUCUAUGUACAUUCUAUGUUUUGGUGUAUUCAGAAGCACUGGGAAUAUGUUGUACUUCGCUGUAAAAAAACAAAAAAAGACAAACAAACAAAAAAAAAAGGAAUCCAUAUCUGAUUAUAGCUGUACUUUUGUUGACAAUAAAACCUCUGCAGAAAAAUGUG